AUGUUGAAGUUAGCUCAAUUACAAUUGCUCAACGAUGAGAACACUAAAUACUUUAAGAAACCAGGACAAAAGGGAGAUGGUUAUAAGAAGUUGGACAAGCUAGGUGGUGGCUCAUUCGGUUCUGUAUUCAAGGCUGUCGACACUUCAAACUCAUCUGGACAGGAGUAUGCUGUCAAGUUACUCAAGUAUCACACCUAUGCAGAGUCUGUCGCAGCGCAAAAGUACAUCAAGUCUGAAUGUGAUGUUCUAAUGAAGUUAAUGAAUGGUCCACAACAUCCUCACAUAGUAAACGUACAUGACGUAUUAGAUCUAUAUACUUAUGUAUUCGAGUAUUGUAAUAAUGGAACAUUGAAGAAGUAUUAUACAGAUAACACUCAUACAUUAUCAGAGAACACAUUGAAGUUGAUCUUUGUCCAGAUGAUAUCAGCAUUGCAGUUCCUACAUGAUAGAGAUCAGCCCAUCGUACACAGAGAUCUCAAACCAGAGAACAUCCUAGUCAAUCAAAAGAAUGGAAGGACUGUCUUUAAACUGACAGACUUUGGAUUCUCAAAGACACAAUCUGAACUUGAACCAUUGGUAUCAGCAGUUGGCUCAAGACUGUUCAUGGCACCAGAGAUAUCAUAUCAUUCAAACAAGAAUUAUGAUCAUAUGGUGGAUAUAUUCUCAAUGGGAGUGGUGUUCUAUUAUAUUGCCAGACCGACAAUGAGCAUACCAUCAGUACCAGUGACACGCGAACAUAUCAUGGCACUACCAUCCACACUUUCACAAGAGUUCAAAGAGUUGAUCAUCAGAAUGAUCGACCCUGAUCCAACGACGAGGAUCACCAUCAAAGACAUCAUCAAGUCCAAAUGGGUAAUGGACAAGUUUGUCUCGCUCGAGGUCGUUGGCCAGGGCAAGGAUGUCAUGACCACACAAGACAUCUAUCAGAUACAUGAGAAGACCUACAAAGGAUAUAUUGAAUCCAACUUCAAACUAUCAUUGAAGGAUCAACUUGUAUUGGUAUCAUACUAUGACUCUGAUGCACUAUACCCAUUGUCAGACUCUAUACUUCGUCCAAUAUAUACUAUUGACAAGGUAUACCUGAUCGAUAUGUACAAUAAUCCAGUAUUCCAGUUCGUACCAAUUGAAAACUUGACAAAGUACAUCACUACUGUCAAUGGACAGGUGGUCGAGAGGAACAAUCUGGAUAACCAACCAUGCAGGGAUCCAAUCAAAGAGGAGAUUGAGCGAUUUACAGAGGUUAGAGCGAUACAGUUACAUGCAUUCGAGGUGUUGAAGAAGGCACAGGAUGGUCUAAAGGUAUAUCACCUCAUGAAACAACAUUAUCAAACAGAAUGCAACAAACAAGAGCUUAACCAGGUAUUUAAGCAUGUCGAGGGAUUCUGCAAGGCCAACGUAAUGAACAAUCAAGCAUUUGAGAUUAUCAAGAAGCUAAAGAACAUUGACCACGAGGGAAAUGAGACAGACGAGUUGCUUAUCAAUAAGCUGCCAAUAGUUGUACAAGCAGUGUUGAACUAUGGCAUUGGAGAACAAUAUGAUCACAUCAUUAACACUGCCAAGGAGUUUGAUGCAACAAAGAAGUUCAUCGAUGACUUUAGUAAACUUGUGACACAGUCAUCACAGGACAUAAUGGGUAUCAUCAAGGACUUUGAGAGAAUCAAGAACCUAAUCAAUGCCAAACAAAAGUCAAUGAGCGAUGAGACCAACUUUGGCUUUGUCUAUGACACGAGCUCACUGACACAUGGACCUCAACAGUACUUUGACAAGUGCUACAAGCUCUACAUGCGACUGUACUUUGCAUUGAAUCGCGAGUUGGUCAUAUUCAAUCGACACUUUGCUCAUCUGGUCAAGUCAGUGUCGUCCCUAGUCAACGUCCAGAAACAAGCGCCCAACCUAAUGUACGACCAGCAGCUCAUGACUGAGAUUGCAAAGAUACCAACCUACUUCAAGCUCUACAAGGACGAACUGAAGCGACGAGCACAGUUCAACAAGAUGUUUGCAAAGCAUCAGCAAGACUAUGCAAUGGACUUUCAUGCUCAAGUCAACAAAGAAAAGAGCAUGAGGCAAAAGUUUGAUCAGGCUGAGCCACCUAGAUACUUUAUACCAGUGUUGACUCAGAACGAGCUUGUCAAUCCAUUGACAAGAUUCCUUCCAACAGAGGAGAGUAUAUCAAUGCGGGAGUUCAUUGCCAAUGAAGGCUUUGUACCUAUCUAUAAAGACCCUGAGGAGCAACAACUUUAUAGCAAACUAGAACUUUUAAAGAUGAAUGAACGUUUGGAGAAUGAGAUAGCGAUGCUUAGGAAGUCACCAGUUCAUACAUCAUCUGCACCAUUAUCAAUGCCAUCAAAGUAUACCAACAGCUCAUCAUCGUCUUCAUCAACAGAGGAUGAUCAAAGAACAGAGAUAUUCAAACCGAACCAACAACAACCAGUGGUACAGACACUGAUUGAUAAGGAGAGAGAAUCUGCGGAUUUGAUGAGGAGGGUGUUGGACAUGACAGCGCAGGACAAUGCCAAACAGAUGAGACUCAACAGUCUGGAGAAUGAGUCAAAGAUGUAUAAAGAACAACGCGAUCAAUUGGAGAGACAGCUGCAACAGGACAAGAUAGAGACAGAGCACACGAACAAACAGGAGCAACAACAACUUAUGAAGCAGAUCACCGAGCUACAAGUAAGACUACAGUCUAAAGAGAAUGAGAUGAACAACAUCCAUCAUUUGUUCACCAAUCAACUAUCAGACAUUGAGACGCAGUACAAGAAUGCUCUAAAGGCCAAAGACGAUGAGAUCUCAUCACUACAAGCUAUUAACUUGUUCUUAUCAGAAGGACGUUAA